UAUUAGACGUGCUGUGUUUCUGACUGUCGGACGUGUUCUGAAAGAAUGCGGUAUAAAGUGAAAAUAAUUAAAAAAGUGUGUAAUAUAAUAUUGUAAAUGUAUUUACGUCUUCAAAAAUUGUAGUGUUGUAAAUUUUUAUUUUGAAUUUAUUCACAACCAAAUACUGCAUUAAUUAAUAUUAGAUAUCUUUUAUUGUAUUGAUAUCUUAUCAGUUUUUGUGUUACCAUAAAAGAAAAUAGUUGACAAAAAAUAAUUUUCAAACUCGCUCUGUGGAUUACGCGUUCCCCGAAACAUAUAUUGAGAAAUUCGCUUAUUUUAAAUAUGGACCUCGUCACAACAGACAAGCUAUACAUGCGACUAAACACUGCGGAGCUGGAAGCCAUCAUCAAAAAAGAUUCACCCAGUUCCAACGACCGCGACGCUGGCUUUUGUUCCGCUAGUUCAGAAAGCGAAGGCGGUGAUGACUUAGCGCUAGAACAUACCCUGCAACGUGCCAGAUCUCUUGUUGGAUCGACGGAUGAAUAUGGCUCAGUCAAAGAAGGUUCCGCUUUGCUGGUCCGCAAUAAACGCAAGAGUUUGGAGCCAUCGAAAGUCGUGGAGCCAGCCUUGGCAUCAACUAAUUUUGCCUCGUCUUUAGCGUCGGGUCCGCCUAAAAAGCGAAUACGUUAUUCAUCUUCAGCUGACUCCGCGGUUAUGUUGACGCCACCAUCUCUCCUUUCACCGCCUCAAACCAGCCAUACCAAUUUAUCUUCUGCUCACGCGUGUAACCCUAGUCAACUGCUGCCACGUGAUAUAAUGCCAAAUCCUGCGCACAUUUUCGUGCGUCAUCCCGGUCUUACUACACUUCAUCGCGCAUUCCCCCUCACAACGCAACCAGAACAACAGGAACCUUUAGCAUUGAUUGCAAGAAAGCCGCAAUCCGAUAACGUUGAAACCAGUGUACAGCAGGAAAGUCCCAAUCUCCAGUUUGAAAAGAAAACCUUGACCCAUAAAAAAUUACACGAUGCAUGCAACGAAACUUCUCUAGAACAAAAUAUUGAGGGCAUAUGCAAAGCUGAUCACAGUGAUUCCCUCUCGAGACCGCAGCAACGGAACUAUAAAAAUAUGACACGCGAGCGAAGAAUUGAGGCAAACGCUCGUGAACGAACUCGCGUUCAUACAAUUUCCGCCGCCUAUGAAACAUUACGCCACGCUGUUCCGGCAUAUGCUAGCUCCCAAAAACUUUCAAAGCUAUCGGUAUUGCGUGUAGCCUGUUCCUACAUACUCACGUUAAGUCGUAUGGCUGGCAAAGACUAUAGCUCUGAUCGAUCCGAGCCGACCAUUGCUGAGUGUAUCGAGGCUAUCACUUCAACUAUUCAAACAGAAGGAAAGGUAAAACGGAAGAAAGACGAGUAAAGUGGCUUAAUUUUAAACUGUGGAAAGACUUUAAUGUAAGUUAGGAAUAUUUUGAGAAUUUUUUAAGUGUCAUGCUAAACGUUCCUAUGCCGGAAACUAAGUCCAUAUGCGGCAUAACACAAUAUUAAAUUGAAGUCACAUUUAACCAAAACAGCUUUACAAAUUUUUUAAGCUAGAUUUAUAACAAUAACAAAAAUGUAGCGCUCUGGGGUGAUUUUCACGAUUGCUCAUAUAUAUAACACAUCAUAAUAAAAUGAUAUUUGUAGAAUAUAAAACCAGCUAUGUGAUCCUAUUUUAAACUAGCUUCUAAUCUUAAAGUCUAAUGUAAUUAAGGCCAAAUCAUGUUCCGUAGUACAAACUGUAAAUAACAAUAUAUUCAAAUGUUUUAAAAAGACAA